CAAAUUGAUAAUUGAAAAUCAUUCCGGAGUCAAUCUUCCAUUGAAUACAAACAAAUAUGUCCACCUUCGCUUUCUUGCUGCUCUGCAUCCAGGCUUGCCUGAUCCAGAAUGUAUACAGUCAGUACCUGGCUAAGGGAGGAGCACGCGAGGUUGCUGUCGAGAAAACAACUGUAGUUGACUCUGUGGAAGUUGAUCGUGGCUAUGGACUUGCAAAGGGCGCCGGCUGGGGCCCUGGAUACGGAUACGGCCCAGCUGGCCUGGGACUCGCCGGUGCCAAUGUUGGGGCUAUCGGUGUUGAACGAGUUGGUCUCGGCGCAGUUGGACUCGGCGCAGCUGGACUCCCUCCAUACGGAUGGGAAGCUGGGUACGGCUUAGGCGGCGCCGUUAUUGGUACAGCCGGUCACGGUAUCGCGGGGGGCAAAAUUGGUGCCAUCGGUCUACCUACACCUCCUGUGCCUGUGGUCAACACUGGCUACGGUGGCGUAGGAAACGGUGUAGUUGAAGCUUUUGCUGAUCUCCCAGUCUUGGGCACCGCCUUCUUGGGUGGCCAAGUGCCAGUCCUCGGCGCUGUGGAAUUCGCUGGUAUCCUGCCCGCUGCUGGCGCCGUGUCCAUCUCUGGAAACUGUGGGUGCGGUCUCGGUUAUGCUAACAAACUGUACUAAUUUAUCAAAACGAUAAAUUUCUAAAAUAAAUAACGGUCAUAUGCAAAAUAUAAACAACUUUUUAUUUGA